AUCGACUAUAUCUUGCAAAAAUCAAAGUGUUUUUUUUUUUUAUCUGUAACUUUGCUAAACCUCAGUAGGUGUAAUUCGCUCCAUGAUGUUUCUCCGGUUGAUCUUUACUGUAACCUUUCUGUUUUUACUGUUUGCAGGUGGUUCCACCCCAACAUCACUGGAAUCGAGGCAGAGCAGGUCUUGUUGACCCGGGGAGUUCACGGCAGUUUCCUGGCCCGGCCCAGCAAGAGCAAUCCUGGGGAUUUUACCCUGUCUGUCAGGCGUAACAAUGAGGUGACCCACAUUAAGAUCCAGAACUCUGGGGACUACUAUGACCUGUACGGCGGUGAGAAGUUUGCCACGCUAGCCGAGCUGGUGCAGUAUUACACUGAACAGCAGGACCUGCUGCGCGAGAGGAACGGCCAUGUCAUCGAGCUGAAAUAUCCACUCAACUGCAAGGAUCCCACCUCUGAGAGGUGGUACCAUGGACACCUCUCUGGGAGAGAUGCAGAGAAACUCCUCACAGAAAAAGGCAAAGCCGGCAGCUUUCUGGUCCGGGAGAGUCAGAGUAAACCCGGAGACUUUGUCCUGUCGGUUCUCACCAACGAGGAGAAGCAUGACAACGUCGACCGCAAAACCAAAGUCACACAUGUUAUGAUUCGCUUCCAGGAAGGCAAGUAUGAUGUGGGAGGUGGUGAACGGUUUGACACGUUGGCCGAUCUGGUGGAUCACUACAAGAAGAACCCUAUGGUGGAAAAAAGCGGCAUUGUAGUGCAUCUCAAACAGCCUUUUAACGCCACGAGGAUAAACGCUGCCAACAUCGAGAACCGGGUACGAGAACUCAACAAAGUAGCAGACAACUCAGAGAAGCCAAAACAAGGAUUCUGGGAGGAGUUUGAGGUACUUCAGCAGCAAGAGUGCAAACUGCUGUAUCCCCGGAAAGAGGGCCAGAAGCCAGAAAACAAGAGUAAAAACAGAUACAAGAACAUCCUCCCCUUCGACACAACGCGAGUUGUGAUUAGAGACUCUGAAUCAGACGCUCCGGGUUCGGAUUACAUCAACGCUAACUAUAUCAGAAACGUGAGUGAAGAUGGGCGCCAUGUGGAGGAGAGUAAAGUCUUCAUUGCUACCCAAGGCUGCCUCCAGAACACGGUGAACGACUUCUGGAAGAUGGUGUAUCAGGAGAAUGCUCACGUCAUUGUCAUGACAACCAAGGAGAUGGAGCGGGGAAGGAACAAAUGCGUCCGGUACUGGCCGGACCUCAACGGCACUAAAGAGUUUGGGAAAGUCCUGGUGAGGAAUGUGGAAGAGCAGCCGGCGCAGGACUACAUCCUGAGGAAGCUGGAAGUGACACGCCUGGACAGGAAGGAGCCUCUGCGGUACAUCUGGCACUACCAGUACCUGAGCUGGCCGGACCACGGCGUCCCCAACGAGCCCGGUGGCGUCCUCUGGUUCCUGGAGGAAGUCAACUGCACACAGAGCACCAUUAAGGAUACUGGACCCAUCGUUGUCCACUGCAGCGCGGGCAUCGGCAGAACCGGCACCAUCAUUGUCAUCGACAUCCUCAUUGACAUCAUCAACCGCCAAGGGCUGGACUGUGACAUUGACAUCCCAAAGACCAUCCAGAUGGUCCGGCAGCAACGGUCCGGCAUGGUCCAGACUGAGGCGCAGUACAAGUUCAUCUACAUGGCAGUGCAGCAGUACAUAGACACGGUCCAGAAGAGGCUGGAGGAGGAGCAGAGGAAGAAGAAGGAGAGAGAAUAUUCAAACAUCAAGUAUCCACAGAUGACCAACUCCAGGUCUAAGCACAACAUGGCGUCCUCCAGGUCGUCUUCAGUAAUGACAAAUGAUGAUUCUUCGAGCGUGUACGAGAAUAUAAACUUCAGAACCCCCCAGGCAUCGUUCAGUAGUAACACCAGGAGAUAAAAUGACCACUGUAGACCUGCUUCUCUCUUAUCUGCCUCCUGCUUCAGCAGCAGUGUUGCUGGCCAGAGUCUGUAAAAAUCCCUUUUGGGGCUGAGAGGAAGUGAUGCGUUAACAGACCCCGGCCUCGGCCUGAAGGCAGCUCCUCUCCUGCUGCCAUGCUGCUGACCUCUGACCCUGUGACCAGAGGACCCUCCACUCUGUUCCGUCAGAACCAGCUCCAGUGCCUUGUGACAGGACGUGUCUGUAGCCCCUCCCCCACCUGUUUCUCCUCUUUUUUUCUUCCUCAGCCCUCCAAGUCGAAGUUAACCCGCUAAGCUGUGCUUGCUGGAUGCAACAUCAGGCGGUGAGUCUGACCCAACGCAGCUCUGUGGGAUCCGAGCCGAGGUCAGAGCCCAGCUGUUCUUCCAGCCAUUUAAACUUUAAACCUUGCACUCUUUUCGCAAGGCGAGCUGCGGGGUUUAUUAACGUGGCUGCUGAGUGAUGGAAGGGUCCCAAGGCUCAGGAAGGGCACCAAGCCCCACCCUUCUUAUAGAUGUAGACUGUGGUGUGUAUGUGAAGUGUGUGGGAGGAGGACGAUGUGCUGCGAUCUGCUGCUGGAAGCGCUGGUUCUGUUCCUGAGCACAGAGAGACGACUUCAGGAACAUCUCUGUCUCGUCUUCAUGUUGGAGCAGGUUUUCCUGCAAAUUAUCAGCGUGUUUGCUCUUCCUUUCACUGUGUUACUGUUUAAUUGUGUGUGACGAUGGUUUAAAGGUCAUGUAUAAACUUUAUUUUAGGGUCUUUCUAAAAGCAGGUUUCAGUUCACAUGUUUCCUGACAUAAAUAGUGAAUGGAUAUUGUGAGCCGAACCGUCCUCUGAUGGCUCAGCGUCUGUCAGGAUGGGAUUGUCAAAAGGAGACGAGGAAACGGGCUGAUUGCAGUGCCCCAGAUGGCCAUCUGCCUGAGAUUAAAGAAUAGAUUUGUCUCUGAAAAGUAAUUUAGAAGACGACUGUAAUCCAGGUCUGAUGCCAGCUGGGCGAGUAAAGCGACGUCAUUUACUGGGAUAAGUAGAGUGGUGCCGUAGAGCAACGAGCCCUCUGCUCUUUCCCUCAGAUUGUUGGAUAUUUUUAUCCUCCUGAAUCCAAAAUAACCCGGUCCGGUUCAAGGCGAGAGUAAAGUCCUCCUCCUUCAACCUCCACAUUUUCUCAUGUUUCAACCAAAAACAUCACAGAGUUUUAUUUGGACUUUAUUUGACAGAUGGAGACUAAGAGCAGCAUGAAGGAAAAUCAUUCAUGGUUUAAAAGUGUUUAAAAGAGGAAAAAUCUGAAAAGUUUGGUGUGCAGUGGUGUGUCAGGAUAAAGUGGGUGGACCACUUUAUCCUGACACCCCUAAAUAAAAUCCAGUUUCUCUCAGAAGUUGGGUCCAGUCAACGUCUGCUGGCGAUGGCUGCAUCAUUUCUCUCUUUGUUGCUCAUUUGCAUAAGCAAACAUUGAACAUUAUAACAUUUUCAGCUUCAGCUGGUUUAGCUCAUCCGUUUCAAAUCUUCAAGUAAAUAAAUUUCACACAUUAACGACUUUCACAGACAAAUGAGGUUUCAUGAAAAUGUAACUUACAGUUCCUGGAUUAACCUUUAGGUCUGAGAAAAAGAUGAGCUUUCAUUAAAAAAAAUCAGUGGAUCAUUACAAAAUGUAACAAAGUUGUCAAAGUUUUUCAGUUUUAGUGAAAACAUACAGGUUUUUUGUCCAAAGUGUUAGUAUUUGGGUUUGAUGGCGCCUUUAGAGGCCUGGUGAUUGUUGCCGUCACUCAGUAGCUUCAGUGGAGCAACUUUUUAAAAUUUCUCUAAAUGUCUUUAGGUUUGAUUUUGCAACUCUGCUCACUAGUUUCAUGUUGUUGUGUUUUUAUUAUUAUUUGAAAUGAACAAAACCAGAAUGCUUGACUUCUGAAACUGGCUCAACCUGUGACUUUCAAUUGAAAAAUGUAUCAAAUUAUUUAUGUUCACUGAUGACUACUGCAGGCCAGACAUUUCAGAAUCAUAUUUGUGUAAAGAAACAUUAAAAGAAAUGUCCUUAAAGUUUGAAGGAGUAUGAAUUAUUUGUUAGUUGUAAAGUGUUGGGAUGCACCCGACUGCCCCAGGCCUCUUAGUGCCCCUCUCCCAGUUGCCCCAACUCAACACAAACAGCUCAGGGUUUGAUCCCAGGGAUUAAAUCCUUCAUGUUAGGAUCGUCAUGAAAAUAUCCAACGUUUGGAAAAGUUUUCACCCUUCUGACCUCAGAUCCAAGGAGUUUAAUACAAACUGAACUUCUGUCCAGCUGAUUGGCUCAAACACACAGACGUGUCAGAGCGUGAUUCAUGGUGGAAAUAAUAAUACUUUCAGCACUGCACUGAAAUGAUUAUAAUGUAGAAAAGUUUGAAUGUAACUCCAGCAGUCAUUUUGUUUCCCUCGUCUUAAAGGUCAAAGGUUUUUCAUGGUGUAACUACUGAAAUGUUGUUCAAUAAAUGAUUUGUGGUUAAUAGCUCUGGUUCAGUGAUUGAAAGCUGCCUCUGCUCUGCACUGCCUGUUUCAAAUGCUGCACUGCUCCAUGUUCAUUAUAAUGUCAACAUCAAGACGUUUCAAUGUGUUUCUCUUCCUGUGCAACCAGGAGAGGGAAUCUGUUUCCUGUUUUGUUUGCUGUGAGAACCUUUGCUCUGUUUCUCUGCGUUGGUGUGAGCUCACAUCGUGUCUGAUUUGGUGAAACUUUAGUACUUGAAAGUGUGAACUGUUUUUUCUCAGGCUGUGUGGAAGUCCAUCAGACGUGUUUUUGUUUGUGCACUAUGCUGUUCACAUGUUUUCCUUCAGACUUGUUUUCUUUGAUUCAUCCUUGGAUUUCUGUGUCGUAUGGAAGUUUUAUUUUUCUCACCAUGUUUUGAUGAGUGAAUCCAGUCAGAAUCAGUGGAGGACUGCAGUCGUGACGCUGAGUUUUACUUCAGCUGGUCCUCUGACAUUUUACUUGAACUUGAUGUGAUUUUUGUUGGAUUCCCUGACGUCCUCCAUGUUUCCUGUUCAUCUUGCACUGGCUCCGCCCACACACCUUUUUGGGAGUUUUGACUUCAACUGCUGAUGUGAGGAGCUGCCAGAAACUGCCUCUUUAUGGUUUAAUAUCAUAUACAAUAAAACACUUUAUAAGCCA